CCACCACCACCCCCACGACGUCGACGGCGCCUUCAGUGCACGUGACCCGAGUUGCUCACUCGCUCGAGUGGCGCUGAUAGCGGCUGCGGCGUCUCUGUGGUUGUAGAAGCACGUCUGCGUGUACACAAGCACGUCUGUGUACACAAGCACGGCUGCGUGUACAAGCACGUCUGCGUACACAAGCACGUCUGCGUGUACAAGCACGUCUGUGUGUACGAGCACGUCUGCGUUUUGUCCUCACGCCCACCAAGAAAGCCGCGUCCUGAACCUGGAGACAAUGCCCGAACAUCGGGCAGAAUCUUUCGCCACCGCCGACGAGGAGACGCGGCGCAAUGGAGGAGGCCACGGGUCUCCCUCGACAGAAGCGGGAGUCGCUCCACCACCCCUGCACACGUCCACCAGCAGCCCAGAGAACGACCCGCAGGAAGGCCGUCCGUGCGGGAAGGCAGAGCCCCGUGUCACGAGCCCGAGCCCCCGUCGGAUCGCUGACAUACCGCUGACCGCUACGGUCCCGGCAAAGACCGAUGACUUGAAGAUGACGUUGACAGUAAAGUUGAAGAAGCGGAAGAUAAUACCGGCGAAGGAGGUUGAAAGUCCUGAGAGCAAUGGCACUACAGAGACCUCGGGCUCAAGCUUCCAGAGCAUCACCAUAGACGAGGCUGAGAGUCCGAGCCCAACGCCCAAGCAGGUGGUGCCUAGCACUGGCUGGGGGUUCUUAUCCAGCGGUCUGUUCUCAACAAAACAGAGCGAUGACGCUCAUGACACAAGCAGCCGAGUUGGAGCCUGGCCCUGGAAGAUCCUCAAGAGCACCUUCGGGCACAAGGAUUCCACUGCCGGCGGUCGCCAGAGCGAGCAAGCCGGGCCAGCGGUCGACCAUGUGCCCGAGUUGACCUGGCCGAGGCUGUGGCGGAGCAGAGUGGACCUCUGCACGGCUGAGUUCACCUCUGCGGCGACCACCGUGAUCGUCCUUGAGCAGCGGCCAAAAAAUCUGCCUCCGAAGCCCCUUGCUGAGCAGCAAAGGCACAGAGUGCAGUACGAGGCCAUGCUUCGCGAAAUACAGAAGCAAGAGGAGCGAGCGUGUGAGCGGCGGCGGCGGCUUGAGGAGGAGCGGUGCCGCCGGGAGGAGGUGGCGACGCGGACGACUGCCCUGUGGAGCCGCGGCGUGCUGCCGCGCUGGCAAGAAGUGUGCAAGAGCCGCAAGGUGCGCAGCUUGUGGUGGGAGGGCAUUCCUCCGAGUGUGCGUGGUUGGGUGUGGCAGCACAGCAUUGGCAACCAACUCAACAUUACACCUGAACUGUACGAAAUUUUCCUCGCCCGGUGGAAGGAGCUUGAAGACUCGUGCGGGGACUGCUGCUGCUAUAUGGAUGGACUGGGUGCGUCGGUGGCACCUGGAAACCCCCAAUUGGAAGCCAUGACCCUGGACAUUUUGAGCACAUUUCCUGACCUCCACAUCUUUCAGAAGGGAGGACCCUACCAUGACUCUCUGCGGAAUGUUCUGGGUGCAUACGCCACAUACAGACCGGACGUCGGCUACGCCCCGAUGACGUCGUGGCUGGCGGCCAUGCUGCUGCUGUACAUGGAUGCAGUGGAGGCGUUUGUGGUGCUCGCCAAUAUCCUCAACCAGCCCUGCAUGCUGGCCUUCGCGCUGCCUCGCCCGAACCAGGUGAAAAGGUAUCUUGCCACCUUCGAUGUAUUUUUUGAAGAAAACCUUCCAGGUUUGUUUGCGCAUUUCAAGAAAAUUGGUCUACUCCCGGACGUUUACCUCGGCGACUGGGUGCUCGUCCUGCUGGCGCACGUGCUUCCACUGGAGUGCGCGUGCCGCGCACGAGACGUGUGGUUCCGUGACGGCGAGGAGUUUGCGUUCCGCGCCGCGCUGGGCAGGCUGUCGCUGCUCGCCGACUCCCUGCUGACCCUCGACAAGGAGGGCGCGGCGGCACUCCUGCUCGCGAGGUCGUCUCCCGCUGCCUCGUCCUCCGUUGCCGCCGCUCCCUUUCCAAUUCCGGCGACGCAGGAAGAGGCGCUGUUCUCCGCCAUCGCCGGCGUCCGCAUGGUCAGCCGCCGGCGAUCGUGGGCUCAGGUCCUCGCCCUUCAGGGCAGCGGGUGGGGGGGGGAACCCGUGUGACUCGUGACUUUGUGCAGCCUGGGACUUCAAUCACACUGCCGUCAACUUUGUCAUACAGCCUAUGGGCCACAUGAGGCCCACAACUUGACUUAUCACAGCCUGUGACUUAAUUUCAUGCGGCUGGUGACCUUCAUUUUAGACAACCCGUGACUAUCUUUUCAGGAGCUUACGCCUCAAUUUCAUAUGGCCUACGGCCUGGCAGAUGUCCUAUCGCUUCUAAAUGGCCUGCAAAUGAUAUUCAUCCAUAUUCUAUGGUUCUUUCGGUAAAGUCAAGUAGAUAGAAAAAAAAUACAAUAGAAUAAAAAAAUAAAGUUAAUAAAAAUAUCACGACGUUUCGAUCGCAGCACAAGCGGCCGCCAUCAGGCGCCCAUACUUCCGUUGCUGUUGAUGCACUUGGGCUGCGCCCACCCCCAAAACUUUAUAAACAGCUUGCCUUGAGAAGCUGACUCCUUUGCCUGAUGACGACCGCUUGUGUUGCGAUCGAAACGU